UCCGGUCCCAGCCCCGCUCUCCGCCAGCACCGAACGGCCCCGAGCCGCCCGCGCUGCUCCGCGCCCCCAGGGCUCCCUCGGCUCCGCUGGAAGGCUGAGCAAUGCCGCUCCUAACUACAUCCAGAUGUGCCUCCUUGGCAGCCCUGCACAGACAGUACCGAGGGGACACAGGAUCAGCGCUAUCAAAUGGGAUUUGAAGAACUGAUCAAAUAAGACAGAAGAUCUCCAGGAAAAGUAUGGACAGUGGUGCCAGGCAGCUCAAACACAGCUUUUAACAGUGCCAGGAACACUGGAGAGACAAUGAGAGUUCGCCUCAAAGGGGAUGUGAUCUGCACCCUCUUCUUGCUGGUAGCGCUUUGUUCUUUGCUCUACUCCCAACUGGAACAUUUAGUCCCGGCAGGAAAGAAGGAACCAACACAGAACAAGCCUCCAGUAGCACCAAAAAUAUCCUCCAGUCCCAGAGAACCUCGGAGGCUGAUGCCAGCAGAGACAACUGCACCCAGACCCCAGGUUACUCCUGUCAUGAGACAAACAGAAGUAGCCAAAAACAGAGUCCAAACUACAACUCCAGCCUCACUGACUGGUUCUGCCUUCAACUUCAAGCUCUAUCUCCUAAACAAGGAUAAAAGGAACUUCAAUCUCCUCAUCAACCAGCCCAGGAAAUGCCGAAAACCAGCAGGAGGUCCCUUUCUGCUCAUUGCUAUCAAAUCAGUAGUUGAAGACUUUGACAGGCGUGAGAUUGUCCGGAAAACAUGGGGCAGGGAGGGUUUGGUGAAUGGGGAGCAGAUCCAGCGAGUGUUCCUGCUGGGAACACCAAAGAAUAGGACAGUGCUGGCAACAUGGGAGACCCUGAUACACCAGGAGAGUCAGACAUACCGGGACAUUUUACUCUGGGACUUCAUGGACACUUUCUUCAACCUGACCCUGAAGGAGAUUCACUUCCUGAGCUGGGCUGCUGAAUUCUGCCACAACGUGAAAUUUAUUUUUAAAGGUGACGCUGAUGUUUUUGUCAAUGUUGAGAACAUUGUUGAUUUCCUCAAGAGACACGAUCCCACUGAAGACCUCUUUGUUGGGGACAUCAUCUACAAUGCCCGUCCCAUCCGUGUGCAGAAGAGCAAAUACUACAUCCCAGAGACCAUGUAUGGGCUGAGCAUCUACCCUGCCUACGCUGGAGGAGGAGGGUUUCUGCUGUCCAGCUGCACCAUGAGGAAGCUCUCUAGGGCUUGCAGAGAGGUGGAGCUGUUCCCCAUUGAUGAUGUCUUUUUGGGCAUGUGCUUACAGAGAAUCAACCUCAAGCCCAUUUUACACGAAGGAUUCAAGACCUUUGGCAUUGUCAAGCCUUCUGCUGCCCCACACCUACAGACGUUUGAUCCCUGUUUUUACAAAGAUCUCAUGGUAGUUCAUAGCCUGAAAGUUGCUGAGAUCUGGCUAAUGUGGAACCUGCUCCACAGCCCACGGCUUUCCUGUACUCAGAAGAAGCAGGUGAAGAAGCCUUUCCAGUGGAAGAAGAAAGCUCAGAUAACAACACCAGGGUCACCCCUCAGAUAAUGCAGGCAGAGUGCAGCACACACAGCAAACCAGCUAAGAAAGGGAACCUGGAACCAACACAGCCCAACAAACCAGCUUCUGAGGAGUUCAGCACAGCUUAUUUACAAUGUUAAGAGAAGACAACAAUUGCAGGAAUUUGCCCAAAUUCCACAUUUGCACGUACAUAUCAUGUGGGUCCUUCUGUACUAAAGAGUCUAAAUAAUCAUAUCUAUAAUUUAUUAUUAUUUAUUAGGAUUAUAGUAGUGCUUAGUGGGACAAUGUUUAAAAGCACAUUGAAAAAUGCAGUCCAUGGAGAUUUUUCAUCAUGGUUAGAAGUGUCAGGAAAGAAACAAGACCUAGGACAAGAACAGACACUGGGGAGCACAGGGAUCAUUGUCAACUUGACUUGGACUCAUUGAAAAAUGACCAGACAAUAAGUAGGGUACAGGAAAUCGAGUCCCCUUAGUGUCUGCUCCAAUCACAUCACUGCUGCCUGGUUGGUUUUCCACAGGUCUCCUAACAAGACAACAACAAACAGCUGCUGAAAUGAGUAGAUUUACAAAAGGCCUUUAGAGAAAAGACAAGAACUUUGAGUUGAUCACUUUGAGUCUUAAUUUUUCAUCAUUCUUCUCAGUUCAUGUAUCUGCUCUACUGACAUGAUUCAGGGAGCAGUGGAGCAGGUUUUGGCACUUUCCUGAGCUCAGGCUCUCUGCACUAUGCUGGCUGAUUAAGGGAAAAUUCAGAAGUCAUUAACAGUAUUUAAAUGCUCUCACAAUCUGACCUAGAUUUUCAGAAGGUUUGCAUCUGGAGAGAUCCUUUGGCCUUUACUUAUAAAUGUAACCCCACACAGAGCUGCUGCUUGCAUCACAUUUGGGAGCUGCUUCAAACCAAAGAGUGGACUGGUUUCUACAGAUCUUGGUGCUCUUGCUUAGCACCGUGAGCUGCAGAGAGCAGCCAGGACUUUCAGAUUGCUGUGGGUGUCACAUGAAAGGAGAAAGGAGAAAGUUUUCAGACAAAAGGAUUUCAGAAUAAAAGUCCAUCUAAAUUUAUUGCAAGAAAUCAAAACCACGCAGCAAUCUUUCUGUUGAGCUUUCCAAGGCUCAGUCGGGAACUUUGUAAGUAUUUUAAGCAUCAGACAGGAACACUGAAUUGCUCAGAUUUUCAAAGUAUAGUCCAGACUUCAAUACAUUUUGUUUUGCCUACAAGCAGACCACCUUAGAAGAUUAUACUUUUAUCAGAUAUCAAAGCAGAAGUGAAUUCCUCUAAAUCAGGGUUAAAAAGCUAUGAAAUUCACGGGGCAAAGAGCCUGAAUUCACCUCUGAUACUAUGUUUGUUAAUUCUUUUACAAGUUUUUACCCCCUCAACAAAACUCCCGUCCAUCAGAGAACCCCUUGGGAUGGCACAUCCACGCAGCUUUAAAAGAAACUACAACCAGUCAUAAAAGCCCAAAAUUCCUUUCACAGCUGCAUUUCAUAUCCGUGUGUAAGAUCCCUCCCACCCCGCAGCAGUUUGGGCUCAGUACUGGUACUAACAAUGCACAGAGAGAACAGCAGCCUGGGAGUGUCUAUGGCAGACUGAAUAACAGCUUUACACAUUAGUGAUCAUCAACAGAUCAAGCCUUACAAUAAUGUAUUUCCAAGAAAAGGUCAGCUAUAUAGAAAUGGAAAGAUUUCUACAUUUGGGAUAUUUUCAGGAUGCAAUCCUGAAAUACAAAAUGUUCACAUGAACUUCACAAGGAGUUUGUGGGACUAAGCCAAAGCCUCACUGGUAGGACAAAGUCGCCCCUGUCUGCUAAAAUGUGUGAUACUUGUGUAUUUAUGAGAUUGUACAGAAAUGUAUUACCUGUGAGUAGUUUACAGUUUGGGAAAUUAUUUAUACCAUCAUUAAAAAACAGCAUGCAGACGUG